AUGACACCGCUCGUGCUUCUGCUUUUGUGGCUCUGUUCAGGCAUCGACGCAAUUUUUCGUGUGCCCAUAUCCAAAACGUUUCUUGAUCGGAAAUCUUAUAAAAAGGGCGCACUUGCUGAAUUUCUUAGACAGAAAUACAUCAAAAACUACACGUUCGGCUCGAACUAUGACUAUCAGGAGGGACUCUCCAAUUACCUGAAUGCACAGUACUACGGCACUAUCCAGAUUGGAUUUCCCCCUCAAACAUUCAAAGUGCUGUUUGACACGGGCUCGUCCAACCUAUGGGUCCCGUGCGCGAAUUGUCCAUCCUCUAACCAGGCUUGUUCAUCUCAUCAGAAGUUCAAUUGUGCACAAUCGUCAACUUGCACACAAACGUACCAGCCCAUUUCGCUUCAGUAUGGGACAGGCUCGAUGCAGGGCUACGUUGAUUACGAUGUCGUCUGCUUUGGAACGGAUCAAAAGUGCUGUACCAACUACCUACAGGGAUUCACUUGUGCAGAGCAGGAACCCGGAGACACAUUCGUUGGUGUUCCAUUCGAUGGCAUUCUUGGAAUGGCAUGGGAUUCUAUUGCAAAAGGAGGCAUUUCUCAACCUAUGACCCAGAUAUUCGCUAAUCAGGUAGUUUGUCCGGAAGCCGUCUUUUCUUUUUGGCUAAACCGUGACCUCCAUCAUAAUGUCAUCGGUGGAGAGUUGACUCUGUGUGGAAUCGAUCCUACCCACUACCAGGGCCCAAUCGCAUGGGAGCCGCUCAUCUCAGAGACCUACUGGCAAAUCCAACUUGGAGGGCUAAUCGUCAACGGGCAACAAAUCAUCGAUGGACCGGUCGAAGCAAUUGUUGACAGUGGCACCUCACUUAUUGCAGGACCACCUGCAUUGGUCCAGCAGAUCCAACAAGCAAUCGGAGCAGACGAAUCAGGGUCGAUCAACUGCAGCACUAUUUCCAGCCUUCCACCCAUUACAUUCUUCAUCGGCGGUGCAGAACUGAUCAUGGUGGCGAAUAACUACGUGAUCCAGUACACCGACGGAACGUGCACAUCCGGUUUCCAAGAGUUCCAGGGACUGCCUGCCGAAAACUCAUGGAUCCUUGGUGAUGUCUUCAUAGGCGCCUUCUACUCGAUAUUUGACCAUGCAAACAAGCGUGUUGGAUUUGCUGUAUCAACUUAG